AGCGCAUCGGCGCUCCGAUUCGAGAAAUCGAGUACAUAGUGAUCCUCAAUAGAAUUAACCGAGAUCAAUAACGAAGUGGAUUCAUCAGUGAUGCGUGUCUCCAUUUGUGCAAUUACUUGCCGGAUGUGUCACGUGGAUCCGCUGCGAUCUGCCGGAGUUUCUAUGGCAUAGAGAUCUACGUUCGACACAACAAUUACUCCUUAUUUAUGGCGGCGGUGCAGUGUACGACUUAACAUUGCACAAAGAUACCGAGAUCGCAUUCUCUCCAUCCUGAUAAUAGUGCAUAAUUUCACGUGAUAGUGGUGGUACGAGAUAGUGUGCUGGAUCCUCUUUGAAGUGCUACACAAGGGGCUGCAAUUACCGUCUCGCGAUACGCGACGUCGCUGCCAGUCCGCCUCGCGCGGAUCGCGGAUGAAAGGAUGCGAUUAACGCGGCGAUUCGCCGUUACGGGACUGUGAAAUUCGCGGAACGACGUAGCCUAGUCGCGGCAGCAAUUCCGUAACGUACUUCUUUACGCGAUAUCGGAACGGCGCAAAAAAUAGAGAAGCUAGAUCGAUCGUCCGCCUCGCGAGCGUUCGUGAAAUCGGCCACGGGACUAUCACCGGCUGGUGUCACGAAGCAAUCAGUGUACCGCGAAGUGUACCAUCCCUCUAAAUUGCGGUGUGCUUUCUCUUUCUCUCUCUCUUUCUCUCCGCACGAUAACGGCACUCGGCUGCCCGCCGAUACACCAGUCCGCAAAAAGCCUCGCAAACGUACAAUUAUGUCUGCAGUCUAAUUGGAAACAAUGCCAUUGUGUACGAUUGGAGAAAGUUUAGAAGUUUUAGAAGAGAACGUUACCGCAACAAACUUUAUUGCGUAGUCACCGAAUGCAUCUUUGGACAUUUUUUCUACCCAUCAAAUGGAACAUCUUGAAAUAACGCAACAGACGACGCUUGUUUCAGUCUCAAUUAUAUGAUCAGCGCGUAAUGACAGUCUGAGCUGUAAGCGAAAAGGACUCUACGCAUCUGGGAUUUAUUUCACGUGUGGAAUUUUUGAAAAUUCGCCAACCACUCUCCUUCACAAACUCAGCAUUUCGCAACAUACAUAUCGUCGCCGAGUUUACUGCAAUUCUCACGCGGACACGCGCUGCGAGAGGUACCGGUUCGGCUCCGCGGUACGAUGUUACGUACCUUCUACGGUGAAUUUCGCGGUACUUCAAAUGGCAGUUUCCGCCGCAGAGUAAUAGUUUCGCAGCUUGCCGCAGCCACGGAUUGUUUCUGCUCCGCUGGCGCGGCGCGUUUCGCUAAUUUGCUUCGAUAAUGCUCGCUGACAGAACUCGCUGUAAAACCGAAACUGGGUUCCUGAAUUUAAGGCCGCGCGACAAAUCGCAGCGGUAAACAACGUCCCUUGUUCAUAGUUACAAGAGACUGACAUUGUGCGAUCGAUAUUGUAAAAGUGUAUUCAAACAUAGCGCAAUGCAAUAGUAAUUAUUAUUAGACUGCUUCUCGGUGUACUUGAGCGCACGCUUUGAAGAAAUCGACAAAAGCUAAUUUCCUGUCAAGAUAAUGACGAUUUAUCGGAAAAAAAGCCAUUGUAUCUUUAUUUUAUGUUUCUGAUUGCAGCGAUUAUUAAUGAGUCAUGCACGAGUCUACACGUGUCGUAUCUGAGGAUCGAUAAUUAGCGCGAACGAAGUUACGCUAAAAAGUUAUCGUCUCCGUUUACCGAUCGCAAUCUCCACAUCGGCAACACGACGAAAACACCGAACCCGUACUUAUUUCCACGUUCCACGCUGCGUUGCGUGAGCAAACGAAGAGGCGAGGGCACAUCUCUUCCACGAAUCUCUUUUUCGGGAAUUCGUCGGUCGCGCGUAAAUCCAGCGUGCAAUCCACGGUGGAGCAAUAAUCUGCGUCUUCGAGGAAACCGGAGCCGCGGGAAACCGUGCACGGCCGCGUAUGAGGGUAACCGGCAUCGACGUCGAAGGACACCGCGAGAAGUUAUCCUUUGCGUGGCGAAUCGCGUUACAACGCUCCGCGGGACCGGGGUCGGGAACGGGGCACCUUGGCGCGCUUCACGUCGGAAGAAAUGCAUCGAGCGCAGCUCCGAGAGGCGCGCUCGUGACUCGAAGAACUCGGAUGCUGGUCGGACGGGAAUUCAAGAAGUUCGUCGCGCGCGUCAAGGAGAAUCCAUACGGAGCGCGGCAUGCGAUAAUGCGGCUCGACGUUGUGCAGCCGUCGGAGCGAAUCCGCGACAUGGUGCUGCGGCGAGCGGGAGAGGAUUAGAGAUUGCAAAAUCGAUGCAAUUGACAAUUGUACCGUCGAUGUCGCGCGGCAUUGACUGCCGGAGAGAUGUUUCUCGGUUAAUGCCGGCUGCCUGACACGGAAUUGCACCGCGUCGAUCACGCUGCGUGACCUGGAAUCGUCCGCAUACGCCGCAGCGGUCGUUUAUUGAGGAUAAUAACGGCUCCUUCAACAGAUAUAGGAGAUACGUAAGUAAGGAUCUCUUCGUGUCACCAGUACCCCUUCCUACUCUCUUCGAGGAGACACGACUAAAAUGCCGUUUUGCGAUAAAAGAUGAACGAUGAAAUAAUCUCGAAGUCCAAUGUCGGCAGCAACAUUCCUUUCGCCGACGAGGAUGCGAUCAACGUGGACGGCGGCGUCUCUCGUCUGGUCACUUCAUGGAUCACGUCGAAGAGGUUGACGAACGCCGAGGAGGACACGUGUUCGCGGAACGUGCAGAACUUCACGACCUUCCGGGCUUCCGGUUUACCGGCGAUUGCGAGGCGGGACUUGCCGACGUCUGACGACGGCAAGAUGCUCAAUCAUCGGCGGGAGUCGUCUCAGCAACGUUACGCGCGUCAGUCGUCCGCUCCGAGGACAGACCAAAGCGAAGAGAUCGAAGGCAUUUCGUCGCGCUUCGAGAAUGCGGUGAUAAAAUACCAGAAGCCAAAGCCACGUCCCAAGCGACAGAUCAGCAGAGAGCGUCAGCAACAGCAGCAACAGAGCAAUUGCUCGAGCAGCGACGAGAGCGUCGCGAGAAACAAGUCGAAGAGCACCAGCUCGAUCGACACGCAGUCGGUGAACAAUAUUUUGGACGAGUACGAGGAUCUGGACUAUCGGAGAUCGUCGGAUCUCAGUGACGUCGGUAAUAUCAGCGUGACAAAUUUCGAGGCGAUAAUGAUGGAUCAACAGAAACGGCAGCAGGUAAAGUCGAAGCAGAUUAAGUCAUUGUCCGGCGCAAAAAUUCAGCCUAAAUCUAUUCCGACGAGGGAAAAGAUUCAACCGGUGCUAAAGGUGAAUCAGCAGACCCAAGUGAGACAGCGUUCGCGGGACAGACAGAGAGACUCUAACAAAGGACACCAGCAAGAUACCUGUUGUGUUUCGCCGCCGGUUACAAUGGACGAGAUCGAGAGCGGUCGCUCGAAAAUGCCUGAGAUCUUGCUGCGCAAAGGAGAGGUCCAGAAAAGGGUAGACGAAUGGUUAAAUCAAGCGCACAGUCAAAACUUUCCGGUAACUCCACGUGAAAAACCAUUGACGAGGUCCAAUAGCAGCGCUGAGCAGAAGAGCCAGCGAAGGUACCGUGGUCAGGAUUCACGGUCUCGAUCAUCCAUCGACGAGGCGAGGGACAGAUUGAACGGAGGAACCUCGUCGAGUUACGACGAUCUGACUCGUGUGAAUCGAAGAUUAGAGCGUAGCAGGCCGGAGAAGGUUAACGUCGGUGUGAACACUAGUAGAGGCACGUAUAAGGAAUACUUGGCGGUGAGAAGUAAACAGCAGGAUUAUGGCUUCAACGCUCAGUUGUGUGCCGCGUCGUUAAGAUCCGGAGAUUCUAACCCGGCCUCCAGGAUACCUCAGAGAGGACUUCUAGGUUCGAGCUUCAAGUCCAGACGUGUCGAAGCGGAUCUUGAAGAGAAAACUACCGCCGCGAGUAGGAUUAUGAAUUUGUCAAAGGCGAUGAGCGAGUCUGAUCACGGUAGGACGACCGUUAACAGCAAUUCAAAGAUGAACGAGGUGUCUACUGGUACGACGACGACGACGACGACGUCAAUUAUUUCCUGCAGAAGGCCGUCACUGAAGCGUUCUGGAAACAGCGCGGAUGAAAACUGUGCGGCGGCGACGGCGGCGCACUCGCUUGUUAAGGAGGAGAUGGACCCGACGUGCGAGCCAGGCCCCUCGAAGGGCCUAUCGUUGCCCGGAGGCACUCUUAGUGACCAAGGCGAGCCGAUCUCACCAAAUAAGGACGGAGAAAGUAGGCGGCCGUCUGCUACGGCGAGCGGGCCGACGCUGCGACCCGCCGCCGCCGAUAAAACGGUUGAGACGGCCUGUAAAUCGACGGAAGUGUCGACAAGAUGUGCCGCAAACUAUUCGCGAGGUAGCUCGUCGAGGAUCGCUUCGUCGGCGGAAUCUGACCGGGUCGUCGCGAUCGAAUCGCCGCGACGCCGACUUCAGUUUUGCAGCGACAUCCGAAGGGAGUUUAGAUCAAUCGAUCAAUCACGACAGGAGCAACCGAUUUAUGGCUCGGCUGUUAGCGCUCGUGUGCGGGCUCUUCAAGGUCAGGUGGAGUCGCGCACUCCGAGAUCCAGGUGUCACCAAGUCGCAGGGGCGUCGAUGGAAGUCAGAAGGCCCGCGGCCUUGCCGCGCAAGGAUCUCGGUGUGUCUCCCUCGCGAGACGCUGGAUCGCAGGAUCGAACGAGGAUGUCGAUUGGCAUACCUUCGUCGAGCUUCAAGCCAAACAAUCGAGCUUACACCGCGAUCAGUGAUUCGCAGCAACAACCGAAUGAGCAGAAUGCCACAAGAUCCAAGAUUGCUGUCUGUGAAAAUGUUCCGUCCGUUAGAGUUAUGCGUUACGCCUCUCCCGAUCACGUGGAAAAAAUUUACGAACGUAGCUUGCAACCGCAGGUGAUCCACACAGAUAAUCUCGAAUCAAUUCUUCGACCUUCCCUGCAAGCGUCGCCUUACGGUGAGAAGGUCGGCGUUUCUAAACUGGAUCGAGAGUCAACUGUCAAGGAAACGUCGUCGACGUUCGAGGACGAGACGUUCGACAAGAUUGGCAAGUCGCGACACGAACAUCUCGAGACUAUCGAGGAGGACGAUCGGAAGAGCGAAGGCUCGGUCUGUAGGUAUCCGGAGAUCGGGUUGAAACAGUGUCUGAAGGUGCAGAAGAGUCUGCCGAAUGGCAGGUCGAAAGAAUCGGCGGACAAGCGGGACAAGAGGAAAGACAAUCCGAUUUAUGUUCAGUGGAAUCAACAGCAGCCGGUUGUUCUUAAUGAGCCCGCGAAAACUUUCGCCACUUUUCAAUCGGCGUCCUCUUGUCAGAGUAACGUUAAAUCGAGUAUCAGGUCUCGAUCUCCGGAGAUAAAAGAAUCCCGAGGUCAUGAAGAGAUUAGACAAGAUCCAGACGAGUCGACGACAAUCCUUCAAGAUCUCGUGGGUUACGAGGACGCGUCGCGAGAGGAUCAGAACCAACUGACGAUCCAUUCGCGGGAGAACAGCAAUUUGUCGACCGCUACAAUUCCUGUGGAUGAACUGGAGAGUCAGGCAGGCUCGAGAUUGAAGACUGAGAUUGAAGAUCCUUCUCGAAAUAAACUUCAGUUCGGUGAAAAGUUACAAGACCGCGUAGUUGAAGAGAACGCGGUAAAGAACGCCGACGAACGUGGUGCGGUGGUCAACGAAAUUCUCGUUAAGAACCUGCAGUUCGAGCAGGAUCUGCCGGAAAAUCCGGUCGAGCAAACGAGAUCGGAUCACGUGAUACAGCAGGUGAAUUUUCACAAUAUUUUGUGCGACGAUUACGAAAAUGAGAAGUUGAAGAACAAGAAGAUGUAUAUGACGAAGGAAGAAAUGGAACACCGGAGGCUAAUAGACAUGUUGAAGAGAGGGAACUUCGAGACGCUGAAAACGGAGCUGGAGAGGAGUUACACCCUGUCGACCCCGGGGGGUAGCAGUCCCGUUUGUUGUCCGCCUUGCAGCCCACCGCCCGCGCCGGCCGCAUACAUAUCGAGCGCGCGCGCGUCCUCGCGUAGACUCGGCGCCGGAAGUGGCCUCGGCGGGCCGACAUCCCCGGAGAGGGAUCCCCUGGGAAGACUGUUAAGAUUCCUGAAGACCUUCUACAGGGAGUUGGGCACCCGCGAUCUGCCCCAUCUACCGCCAUGGGCGUCUCCGCUGCCGCUCGGCCCCCUCUGCCCGGCGCACUUUCAGCCGCAUCUGCAGCUCGUGCACAAGAGCGAGCAGGAGCACCGUCUCGAGAACAUCAAGCCCGACCAGAUCUUCGCCCCCGUCAGGCUGAGCGACGGUACCGUGUCGGAGGCGCCGCGGCGCGUCGCCGUCGAGGGUGGUCCCGGAAGCGGCCGGACCACACUCUGUCUGCGACUACUGCACCAGUGGGCGAGUCAGAGCGACGGUCCCGCUCUGGCGUUCAUCGUGCCGCUGCGCGAGCUUCGCGGUAGCCCGGUCCUAAAUUAUCUGGCGCGAGAAUUGUUUCCAAGAACGUCCGCGUUGGGCGACGCGGUCGCCCAGGUAUGGCGCACUCUUCACCUGAUGGAGGACCGCGUGCUCUUCGUCCUGGACGGUUACGACGAGUGCGUGGGCGGCCGGGCGUCGCUCGGCGACGCGGCCGACUUGCUGGAGGGACGACUGUUCCCGGACGCCAGGAUCCUGGUCACGUGCUCGCCCAACAACUCAACCACCCUCGCGCCCUUGGUCCAACGCAGAAUUCAUCUGGCUGGCCUCGAGUGGCCGCAUGUCGAGCGGCUCUGCAUGGCCUAUUUCAUUCACAACGACAUCGCCGAGAAGGCCUGCGAGUUUCUCGAGGCGCUCAACGUGCAACCGCAAUCCGUCAGGCAGCUCGGCCAGCAUCCGCUCGGCUGGAUCAUGCUCUGCUGCUUAUACCAGGACUCCGGAAGCCUGCCGACUGAGACAAGUGCCCUCGUGCAAGCGGCGGUGAAGUGCAUCGUGAAGAGGAGCUUAGAUCCGCCGAUUCCCUAUAACGAGGAGAUCCCGGGCCAUUGUAGGAAGCGUCUCGAAGACUUCGGCAAGGUGUCCCUGGCCGCCCUAAGGGAGAGCAGAUGCUGUUACACGGAGGCCGAGCUGAGGGCACGGGGUGGCGGCAUCGAGGUCACUCGACUCGGCUUCCUCACGAGGGGACUGACCUUCGGUCAGAGACGCAAGCCGGACCUUUACACGCCUAUCCAUGUGGCGGUUGCGGAGUUUCUGGCGGCGUACUAUCUCACCUCGGUAGCGCAAUACGCCAACAUCCUGCGCCGCGAACUGGAGGGCCUACCCUCGGGCAUCAUCGGCCAUUUGGCCGGUUUGCUGGGCCCCAAGACCCACCUGAUUCUGAAUCAAUUGUGCCCGCUGGAAGUGCCGCCCAGAGCCGUGUUCUCGUUGCUGAAGGCGGCCGGCGCGUCCGACGGCAACAUCUCGGCGGUCUGCCGACUGGUCGGCGCGGGCCCCGGAUUCGGGCCCGCGCCCAACGAACGGCCCCCGGCCCCGUUGGUGCACACGUCCCCUCUGGAGCUGGAGGGAUGGGCCAGGAUCCUCGAGAGUCCCGCUUGCACGCUCGAGGCGCUCGAGGUGGUAUUCCAAGUGGAACGCGGUUCCGAUCCGAGAUAUCUGGACGAUUUCUUCGACGCGCUCGCCGGCAACGAGAGCGUCAAACUCGUCAGGAUCACGUCUCUGCUGGGGCAGGAGUUCCCCGCGGACGAGGCGCAGCGAUUGGCCGGACACCUGAAGAGCGUGCUCGGCAAGAAGAAGCUCAACGACUUCGAGCUUGUCAUCACUUGUCUCGAGGAGGCGGCCCAUGAUAGAUUGGAGUGCGUGGUGAACGCUCUUUGUCGCGGCUUGAGUCACGCCUCCGGCAAUCUGUCGCGUCUGGUGCUCGACAUGAAUCUGUCCGGCGAGCAAGUGUCCCGGGUCUGCGAGGCACUUCGCGACUGCAUUCAAGUGCAGGCGUUGCACUUGCCCCAUUUAGGCUGCGGAUGCGAGGGCCUGGCAUCGGUCGCCGAGCUGCUGAAGGAACGGCCGCUGCUGGCACUCAACCUGGCCGGCAGUUGGGGCGCCAAGAACGAGGAUCCGUCCAGCUCUGGCAUCAGUAUGGGUUCAGGUUCAGGUUCCGGCUCCGGUAGCAGCGGCUGCGCCUCCAGUACCCUCGGCACUCUACCGCUGAAUCGCUGCUACUCGUCCUUACCCAGGGGCGCGCUAACGGCUUACGGCAGCCUGACACGACCCGCCACUCUACCGCGACUUCCACUGGGCCUAGGCUUGGGCCCGGCGCCCAACACCGGCAACGGACCUCUGCCCCAGAACGAUCGGGAUCGAGACAGCAACGGAAGCAGCAAGAGAAACAGCGACAGCGUGCUCUGUCAUCGGCUGCCCUUGUUACAUCCUCUGCCCACGUGUGAUGUUACCAGUCAUCAGGGCACUGGCUUCCACGAGAUAUUCAACGCUAUUAG